AUGAUUGGAAUAUUCAACUCUUCCGAAAUCGAAGAAGCCUAUGCAAAUUCGACGCACACCUCGGCGCCGGCGCCAAUCAUCGCCAUCGGUUUCGCGGCGCUCAGCAUCGUCGGCGUCGUCGGCAAUCUCAUACUUUUGAUAUACAUCAUGUGCCAAAAAGUCUACCAAAAUUUCAUCUCGUCCCACUUCAUCGCUCAUUUGUGCUUCACCAAUUUGGUGGCGUUGGUGAUUUUGGUGCCAAUCGUGCUCUACAACGUGUUCACCGGCGUCAAUUUGUUCCAGAACAAUAAUUGGUUGUGUCGAGUGCAGGUGUCCAUAACUGUCACAGUAUGGACUGUGAUGGCUCUCAUGAAUCUGUGCAUCGCCGGUGUCCAUCUGCUCACAUUCGCGCGAAUCCAUUACGAGCAACUCUUCGGCCUAUCACCGAUCAAAUUAUGCAUUCUCUCAUGGGUCAUUUCGUUCGUGUUGGCCCUUCCGUCUCUAACCAACGGCCACGUGGUGAUCUACGGUCCCGCGGUGAGAACAUGCGUUUUCUCGCAUUCCGAUUCGGGCCUCAAAUUUCUCACCUACGCGCUCAUUUUCGGCGUCAUCAUUCCGGCGGGAUUCGCCUCCUACGCAUAUUUUCGAAUACUCCAAAUUCUAUUCCAUAGCCCGAUCGUUUUCCAAAGUCUCGGAUUGUACAAGAGCCGAUUUCUUGUGUAUGGUUUCCUUUUAAGUCCACUGUACACCGUACCGUUCUACGCGUUAACCGUAAUGGACCCUUCGGACCCAAUGCGACUGAGCCAGGAUACUGUAUGGCCCAUUGUUUGCACAUUCGUCGCCUAUGUUCCGUGCGUUGUGGCGCCGAUUCUCUAUGGCGCAAGCCUCUUCAUUAUCAAGGAGGAGGAUAUGGCGCUAACGGCGCGAACACACAAAACACCACCUGGCGCUUAUCAUCACGUCGCACAACAGCAUAAUAUGCAAGCACAAUUAAUUUAA